AUGGUUGAAGAGUACCGCCUUCCGCUGCAGUCAGAAAAGGCCCUGUCGUAUACCAUCAAUCCUCAUCUUCUCGCCUAUUGUCCCCGGACGGAUCUGCUUGCAGUUGUCACACAAGAUGAAGUGAUCGAAGUCUACCGCAUCGGCGGCCAGCGCGCUUUCAUUAUCAAGCGAAAGACUCCAUCGACGACUAUCGUUGGUCUCGAAUGGAUACGUGAUGGUUUGUCUUUGUGUUAUUAUCGUGCCUGUACAGCGACUGACACGAUCAUAGGUAAAUGCCUGGCUGUAGCUCUCAACACUGGUUUUGUGGAUAUUGUCUCUGGAGAAACUGGAAAGGUUGUUCGACAUGGCGGUGAUGAUCCAUUCAGCAUUGAUGCUGCAAAUUCAAAAUCCAAGGUCGACCGGGGUGAAAUAACUUGUCUAGGUUGGGGUACUGUAUUAACACGAGAAACCAACGAGUCAAAGAAACCUACGAGACCUGCACUGGAUCCGUCGAUGCUCGAUGACCUUUGGAGUCGUCUUGGAUUGACGCCUGGUGAUGAGCCACAGGCUGACGACGACGAGGAUCUGGAGACUCAAGGACAAGAAGCUCUAUUGAAAGACCUGCCUCGUCAAUUAGCUUUCCUCGACGUUGAAUCUAUAUUGCCUCGUCUCAGCCCAAUCCCAACUCGACAUACUGCAAGUGGACGAUACGACAUGUUUGCUACACAAGCAGCCCUAGACGAUUACUUCGACUCAAUGCAGAGAAAAGAUCGAUUGGCAGCCGAUGUAAUGUUUGUUGGUCAUGCUGGUGGCAGAAACCGAGUCACCGUUGACGAUAUUCUUGAGAUCAAAUAUAUUCCGAGUUUCCCAGGCUCGGAUAUCAUGUGGCCCAUGGAGGAUGACGAUGAGACGCCACACUCACUUAUACCUCUCAAGUACACAUCACAUCCUCGCUCGAGACACCACGCUCUUUUACGAGCAGAGCGUGAUGAAGAAGCAUCGGACAAUACUAAUCAGGGCCUGAAGAACCUCCAUAUCAGCCUGUUCGACAUACCACUAAUGUCAUCUGGAGGUUCACAUCUGCAUCUCAUCGUCUCACGGACAGCACAGCUUCGUGACUUGUGUGGUUACAUAUCAUGCAGCAUCGUGUCAGCCAAAAGCGAUUGGACUACCCAUACCAAUCUUCCCUCUAGAUUUAUGGAGAAUGUCAACGAGACAUUGGAGGAGAAGGGUGAGGGUGUGCUGGAAGAUAAUCUGUAUCACCUCGCCAUGACUGGGAAUUUCACGCCAACAAUUCUGGAAUGGCUACGCGACGAACUAGCAGAGCGUGGCCACAAGAGAUGGGAUCACGCAAUGACAACACUUUACACAGAGCUCUCGAAGAUCCUACACACGAACCUACUUCCUGUUCUCGAACGCAGCGCUGUCGUCGCGACGAAUCUCCGAGGUCUGGCUCGCUACUAUUCGGACACACCGCACUUCAACGUACCGCCAGAGGCCUUCACUUCCAUUCUCUCAACUUUGUCAUCUCUCCAGCUCCUUGUUCACGAAGCAGUGCAGAUACUAGGCGCCGAGCAGCGCCAGUUCCGAGCAUUCUCGAGAUGGCUAAGGCACCAAAUCGAUCUCGCAGCCGCAGAUCCAGACUCACUGAGUGCAAAAGAUAUGGCCGAGCGAGAGACUCCACAGCUCGACCUUCCGAACACGCUUGCAUACCUGGAGGGCGGUUUGACGAAAAGUCGACUAAAAUCCAUAGUGUUCGCCACGCCUGAGAUCGAAAGUUCACAUCAACCAACAACAAAAGACCUCAUCACUUGCAUCCACAGCUCUAGAAGCAGCUCGCAAGUCGCCGAAACCCAAAACCUGCUUUCUCUCCACCUCUGGAGUGCACACCUCAGCGCUGUCUGCAAGUCCGCGCACCAACACAUNUCUCUCUGGCACCAAAGCUCUACACCACAAACUUUGGAUAUCGAGUGCAGAACCACUGCUACCGCUUCUGUACUUCCUUACCUCGAUAUACGUAUGCUGGAGACCUCUGCUGGCGUGUUCGAGACAUUCGUCAUUGGUGCCCCUGCACAACCUACUCAUCAGAUCAACACUGAGGUCUGCGAAUUGGCACUCUGGGACCAAAUCAUGCAAGCGGAUGGUGGACAGGGCAAUGGAUGGCGACAGAUUAUUCUUCCAUCUUCGUCUACCCCAUCCAUAACUUCGGCACUAAAAUUCCUCGACGAUGAAACUUUCUUGUGUUUGUUUUGUCAUGAGGACGAACAUUAUUUGCUUUGUUUGCCUUAUCGCUCUGCUUCUUCUUCAUUGGAUGGCAAAGAUGUGAGGAAUCAGUGGCGGAGUAUGGAAGAGCUGAUGGAAGGAGGGUUUGUAGCGAACAAGUUCGAAGAAGGAUGGGUGCCGAAAUGGAUGGUUGCAAACGGCAAAAAGGGAAGGAGAAACUGUGUUGUUGUCGAGGAAGGAAGAAGGAAGUGGAAGACGUUCGAUCUCGAAGGUCAUAGAAGUGGCAGGUUGCUCGGAGAGAACGAGGACGAGGACGAGGAGAGUAUGGUAUUUGACUAG